UCGUGUUAAUCCAACAAUUUAAAUUAUCAUAAAAUAGAAUAGAAUUGUCGAAAAUAUUCAUCACUUGAAAAAUACUGCGAAAUUUGAUUCGAUUUCAUUUUAUCAUCAAUGAUAACUGAACAAGCAUAUCGAGUUACGUUACUUUUAGAUUUACAUUAUCAAAGUCAUUGAUACGCGCCAAAUUCAAUAUACUUCAUAAAGAAUAUGUCGUAAAUUUGUUUAACUAUAUUAUUUUUAUAUAAUUGUCCUAUAUUAUCUCUUUUUACAUGCAUAUAUUUUUAUAUUUUUCAUUCAUUUAUAUAGUGAACAUUUAUAUACAUAAACGUUAUAAUUAUGUCUGGGGUUUUACGUCGAAACAGAAGCUCUAUAACGCGAUUAGGAAGACCUAGCAUACUAUUUAGAACAUUGAAAGGCGGUAUCAAGAUUCCAAGAUAUCAAAAUACAUACCGAUUAGAAUCUUUCUUUCCUGUAAAAGUAGAAGUAGUCGAUAAAAUAUUGCAGGACGUAAUGUCUUCCACCUUGCAAGAUAUAAGAUAUAAUCCUAUAAUAUGUCUUGAGAUUUGUAAAGAUAUGUCACAGAAAGUGCGCGAUAUAAUAUUUAAAAAGUCCUAUGACCGUUACAAAUACACAGUGGUCAUGACGAUAAUACAAAAACUCGGACAACAUAUGGAAAUCAAUAUGGCGUGUUUGUGGGAUUUACAAAGAGACAAUUAUUCUACGUACGUUGUAGAAACUUCGGAAUUUAUUGCUCUCGGUUUAGUCAUUUUCACUUAUUACGAAUAAACCGAGUAAAACUGAGAUCUUUUUAUUGUGAUCUAUGAAGAUGAGCUUCAGUAUUAUCUCGUUUCGUUUUUAUCGACGACUUUGAAACUUUCUUGAAACAUUCUUGAAAAUCAAUUGAAAAAAUGCAAGAUAUUUCAGUAAAAAAAAAAGUCGAUCUUUUAUAUUUUGUUACGUAAUGGUUUCACGAUAUACAGUAUUCUCGAUUAUUGUUGUACUCCCUUUAUUCCCAUAAAAAAUAUCCAGCUUAUAAACUGAUAAUGGUAUCGCGUUAAGAUACGCGUUAUUAUGUAUGUAGCAUUGUCUUUAUAUAUGUAUAUGAUACAAUAAACGUUAAUUUUAACUUUUC